GCUGUCUGCAGUAAAUGAAGGCGUAGAAGAAGUGGUCUGUUGUUUACGGCUGAUAUCUGUUGCUGCUCUUCAGACUCUGUGUCAGCUUUCAGACCGUUAUUAACAUAACUUCAGCUUUGUUCGGGUCAUGGGCAUAUGCUACUAAAUACAUCAGGAUCAAAUGGAUCUGGACUGUUGAGUAAUGCCUUAGAAGAAGGAGGCACUGCCAAGUCUCCUUUGGUGGGGGUGGAGAGGUUUCCUCCUCAGACAUGGCAACUGAACUCCACGAGACGAUUUUCAUGGCCAAGCAGGAGCGCCAUAAGAACCUGUUUCUGAACUACAGAAAUCUGAAUCAUUUCCCUGUGGAGCUGCUGAAGGAUGAAGGACUGCAGUUUCUGGAGAGACUCUACAUGAAGAGGAACUCGCUCACUACUCUGCCUGAUAAUCUUGCUCAAAAGCUUCCAAACCUGAUUGAACUGUAUUUACACUCAAACAACAUAGUCAUUAUUCCUCAAGCUAUUGGAAACCUUGCCAGACUGCAGUCACUGGACCUGAGCAAUAACGCGCUCCAACUCCUCUGUCCAGAGAUUGGCCGCCUGAGGUCUCUGCGGCACCUGAGACUGUCCAAUAACCAUCUGAAAUUUCUUCCUCCAGAGAUUGGCGAUCUACAGGAGUUGGAGACUCUGGACGUCUCCAUGAACCAGCUGAUAUCUUUACCAGACCGGCUGCAUCGCUGUGCGUCUCUGCAGAAUCUGACAGCUGACCACAACCAUCUGAGCCACGUCCCCCGGCAGAUCUGCUGGCUCCACCGCCUCAACCAGCUCUCCAUGGCAGCUAACCGUCUGACCUUCCUACCGCUCGAUCUGGGCAGAUCACGGGAGUUGCAGUUUGUAUUUGUGGACAACAAUGUUGACCUAAAGGGCCUCCCAUCCUACUUAUAUAACAAGGUCAUCGGCUGCAGCGGGUGUGGCGUGUCAGCCCAGGUGUUUGAAGGUGACCUGUGUGAGGUGCUGGGUGAGGCGCUAGGUGAGGCUCUGAUUGGGCUCCCGGCUGAAGUUAAGGUGGUGGGUUCAGGAACGGACAACGUGGUCCCUCUGGAGGAGCUGGCCAUGAGAACCCUGCAUCGAAUCUACAGCCGACACCCAACAGACCUCAGCCUGCUGCCUCCCAUCAGCCUCCCGAAGAGCCUGCUGGACCUGCUGCAGUUCCCCCUGGGACACUGUCACCGCUGCAGUCAGACCAUGUUCACCAUCAUCUACCCCAAACUCUUUCCACUCCGAGACACUGCACUUGCAGGAGUGCACCGCAGGACGACUGUGAGUUUUGUGGCCUAUUGCUGCUCAAGUCACUGCCUCCGGACCUUCAACCUCCAAGGAUGACAUAGUUUUUUUUUCCGGCGAACGUUUGCUCAGAAGCUGCUGAGCGGUUUCCAGAAGGUGACCGACAGUUGUUUGUAUCUUGUGUGAAUGUCUGUUUGGAGGAGCUCUGUGCUUUAUUGACAAUACUGAGAACCACAGAGGAGCAACAGUCGUUUACUGCGUCAGAUGAUGGACACGAGACUCGACAAGACUCGACAUGCUCUGGUCAAAGACUCAAAACUACAUGACGUUCCUGAAGGAUGAUUGUUUGCCGGUAUGGCCGCGGGGAUCAAUGAAACUCUGUGUAAACACUGAUGGGCUCAUUUAACAAGCUCUGUCUAGAAACUAACAGUAGUGAUGUGAAGUAACUUCUCACAAAUGUGCACUUUUCAAGAACAAGCACUGUUUGAUUUUUGUGAAAUCAGCCAUUUUUCACACAGGCGUGUUGCAGCAGACACAUUCAGCUGAGUGUGGAGUUAGAUUUGAGGUUUAAACAUGGAUUGUAUGUAAACAUUUGAAGGAAAGUUUGUUUGACUCAUUUCUGAAGAAAUUUGAAGGCCUAUAAUCUACAUUUAUACCUAAACAAAGUGUGACAAAACACAUUUUACAAUGUCUGAGUUUAUUGUCAAAAUAUAAGCUCCCCUUAAUAAAAGAAGCCAAGGAUAACCAUCAUCUGAAACUCAUAUUAAUUGUUCAUGAAAUUGUGUUAUAUUUGAACAUUUGAACUCAUUUUGGAACAUUUCACAUGUUUAAGAAUAAUAUUUGUAUCAUUACAUACACUGAAAUGCACUCUCUGUUGUCAGAAUCCCAGAAUGUCCAGGUUGUUGCAUCAACUUUGUCCACCUCAAACAUCUGCAGACUUUUUUAAAAUUUGAAGUGAAAUCGUGUGUACGCUUCUGCAACGCUGUGUGAUCGUCCUAUUGAACUGACUCUUGUUCUGUUCAUGACUGUGUUGUACAAUUUGUAUUUAUCAUUUGGGGUUUUUUUGGGUUGCAUUUGACAGUAAAUGUUGACUAAUGUUUGUUUGGUCAUUGAGUUUUUCUCUAUUUUUGUCAGAGUGGAUCCAUGAAAAUGUGUUACUGCUAAAGGUGGAUAUUUAGACUUAAGCACCAUAAAAAGUAAAGUCCUGACUGCUAAAAAAUACAUUCAAAUACACUGGGAGCAACAGCUUUAAUCCUCCAUCCUAAACAACUCAAAUUGCCUCCCAUCAGUUAGUCUGUGUUCUGACACGGACUAACGGUCUGUAAUGUGACUCAGCCAGUAUUUGACAUGUAGCUGUUAGUAUCAGGACUCUGGGCGGUUGGGCUCUUUUGCUCCCCUGUAUGCAAGAUCAAGACAUCCUGGCAGCAGACAGGGUGUGUGCCAAGCUUGACAGGGGAGCUGUGCUCACCUCCAGAGUCUGUUAAUUCUGUUACCUGAACUAGAUAAUUCUCCUUGUCCCAAAUUUUCAUUUUCUAAAUCAAUUCUGUAAAAUACAAGAAUGGCUCAUGCAGCCUGUUGAAUAACAAUUGUACAAAGAAUAUAAAAACUGAAGACAACUACAA